AUGUGCAAAAUACUACUGCUCAUCCUUGCCUUCUUCCUCCCGGUCGUCGAGAUUUUACUCGAGACCGAUCUUGAGACUACAGCAUUCCUGCUACCGAAUCCCAACAACAAGGAAAAAUUUCAGCCAGCCGCUGUUCUGCUAUCAAGAGGCUGCGGCAAGGACCUGUGCAUCAACAUCCUGCUCACGUUGAUUUUCUUCCUACCCGGCAUGAUCCACGCGUGCGUCGUCGUCAUCUUCACUGACGAUGGGCACAAAGAUUGA